UGCCACAGUCGCUCGUGUCCUUAAAUGCAUGAAGAUAGUCAUGACCAGCAUGGAGUAUAGCUGGGACAUUCACGGACACUGUGUCUGGCUAAAUAAGACUAAUGGUCACAUAUCUGGGAAUGGAGAUGUGUAUCAAGAAAGGCUGGCUCGUCUGGAAAAUGAUAAGGAAUCUCUUGUUCUGCAAGUAAGUGUGCUCACAGACCAAGUGGAAGCCCAAGGAGAAAAGAUUCGGGAUCUGGAGUUCUGUCUAGAGGAGCACAGGGAGAAGCUGAAUGCCACAGAAGAGAUGCUGCAACAGGAGCUUUUGAGCAGAACAUCCCUUGAAACACAGAAGCUGGAUCUUAUGGCAGAGAUUUCCACUCUGAAGUUAAAGCUUACAUCUGUAGAGAAGGAUAGAUUGGACUAUGAGGACAGAUUCAGAGACACAGAGGAUUUGAUCCAGGAAAUAAAUGAAUUGCGGUUGAGAGUGGGAGAAAUGGACAACGAAAGACUCCAGUAUGAGAAAAAACUGAAAACUACCAAAGAUGAGCUGGCAGCUUUAAAAGACAAGCUAGAGGUGAAGGAGGCCGAGGUAAAAAGGUUGCAAGAAAAGCUGGUUUACAAGCUGAAAGGAGAAGGAAUUGAAAUACUGGACAGAGAUAUAGAGGUACAGAAAAUGAAGAAGGCGGUAGAAUCUCUAAUGGCAGCAAAUGAAGAGAAGGAUCAGAAGAUAGAAGAGCUUCGGCAAUCUCUGAAUAGGUACAAGAAAGUUCAAGACAUGGUGAUAUUGGCUCAAGGCAAGGAAAGUGACAGUGAAGACUUCUUAAAUUCAGGGUCCAUUUCCACAGUUUUAUUGGACACGCCAAGUCUGACUGACGCAGAGAAAAGCCCAUCUCCAACCCCAGUAACAGCAUCUCCAAUCCACGAUGAGUUUAACAUGAAUAUUCAAGAAGAGAUCCACACCAGUAUUUUACAGAUUUCAAUCCCUUCUUUUUCAUCAACAUCCAAGAGCUCAGAAACUGUUGCAGAGAAAGUGAAAACACAGUCUAGGCCAGAUCCUGCAAGUGAAAUGAGUGAAGGAAGAUCAACAGGAUCCUCCCCAGAAACUCAGCUGUGUGAUAGUCCAGUAACUUCUUCACUGCAGAAGUCCAGCAGUCUGAGCAGUUUGAGGAAAGAGACAUCUGAAGGGGAACAGCAGACCUGCAGACAAGAUAGUGAGGAGUAUGUUAAACCUCCUGUGGAAGGUAAUAAUUUCGCAACCCUCCCUCCGAAGUCUCCUUCUCAUGGUAUCACGGGCGACGAGGAUAGUUUUGGUACCCGUAAAGCCAGGUCUUCAUUUGGACGAGGAUUUUUCAAGAUAAAAAAUAACAAGAGGACUGCUAGUGCCCCAAAUCUGGCUGAAACGGAGAAGGGAUCUGCAGAUCACUUGGAUCUGGCUGGCUUGCCCCCUCGCCCAAAAGAAACAGAUAGUCUACAGAUGACUCCACCUUCUCCAGAUUCCAAGAAAAAGGCCAGAGGGAUCAAGAAGUUAUUUGGAAGACUUAAAAGAAGUCAGUCUACCACCUUCAACCCAGAUGACAUGUCCGAGACAGAGUUCAAGAGAGGAGGGACAAGAGCAACGGCGGGGCCGCGACUGGGCUGGUCUCGAGACCUGGGGCAGUCUCACAAUGAGCUGGACAUGCCAUUCGCAAAGUGGACGAAGGAGCAGGUUUGCAACUGGCUUCAGGACCAAGGGCUGGGCUCUUACAUGAGUAAUGGCAAACACUGGAUACUGUCUGGGCAAACGCUUCUGCAGGCUUCUCAGCAGGAUCUGGAAAAGGAGCUUGGAAUAAAGCACCCAUUGCAUCGGAAGAAGCUACAGCUUGCUCUGCAGGCACUUGGGUCUGAAGAGGAAAACAAUCAUGGAAAACUGGAUUACCACUGGGUUACCAGGUGGCUGGAUGACAUUGGCCUCCCCCAGUAUAAGACCCAGUUUGAUGAAGGAAAGGUGGACGGUCGAAUGCUCCAUUACAUGAGUGUGGAUGACUUGCUGUCCUUGAAAGUUGUCAGCGUCCUCCACCACCUCAGCAUCAAAAGAGCCAUUCAAGUUUUGAGAAUAAAUAACUUCGAGCCAAACUGUCUGCGCAGGAGGCCGUCUGAUGAGAAUAACGUGACACCUUCUGAGGUCACCCAGUGGACCAAUCAUCGUGUCAUGGAGUGGUUACGCUCCGUCGAUCUGGCAGAAUAUGCUCCUAAUCUGCGGGGGAGCGGCGUGCAUGGGGGCCUGAUGGUUUUGGAGCCUCGAUUCAAUGUAGAAACCAUGGCACAGUUGCUGAACAUCCCACCAAACAAGACGCUACUGAGACGGCACUUGGCGACUCAUUUCAACCUCCUCAUUGGGCAGGAGGCCCAGCAGCAGAAACGCGAAGCCAUGGAGUCCCCAGACUAUGUCCUCUUAACAGCAACUGCCAAAGUAAAGCCAAAGAAACUUGCCUUCAGCAAUUUUGGGAGCCUGAGGAAGAAGAAGCAAGAUGAUGUGGAGGAGUAUGUGUGUCCUAUGGAGCUGGGACGGGCGUCUGGAAGUGGAUCGAAGAAGGGUUUUAAGUCUGGCCUGGAUAUGCGAGUGUAUGACGACGAUGAUUUGGACAGGCUGGAGCAGAUGGAAGAUUCAGAAGGGACAGUGAGGCAAAUAGGAGCGUUUUCUGAAGGCAUCAACAACUUGACACACAUGUUGAAAGAAGACGAAAUGUUUAAAGACUUUGCGACUCGCUCUCCUAGCACCAGUAUAACAGAUGAGGACUCCAACGUGUGAUGGUAACCACCAGGCACUGACAAAGGCUCACUUUCCUAUGUGCAAGAAACGUCGUCAUCACACGUGACGGACAGCAGAUCGUGUACAUUACAUUGCUCUUGCUUCUGUUUGCUAGAAGUAAUAUUGGAGGGUGGAGGAUUUUUAAAAAAAGGAGGGGGGGAGAAAGGGUGCCGACUCUAAAGUUGCCAUAAGAAAUACUCAGACACUGGUGAAUGGUAAUUGUUUUUACUAUAUUUAAUGUACAAACUGGUGAUACGUUUCAGAGUGUUGCAUUUAAAUUUCCAUGGUAUCAGUGCUCCUUUUGCUUAUUCACGGCCUCAGAUAAUCCUUUAUACUGUUUCAAAAUAACAGAUGAUGUUAGGUAGAAGUAUUGUGUCUGUAGAUAUUGUGCAUCAGCUUCCUCUAGGCUCUCAGCUGAAAAAAGAUGUUACUGCUCUUUUUCAAG